AUGUCGAUGCAUCAGUCCUACAUUCCCACCGAAGUCCUCGAUCGCGUCGCCUGGAUGCGCGGGGGCCAUCAUAAGAUCCUCGUCGACCCGGCCCGAACAGCACAUAUUAUCAUUGAUCUCCAGGUUGGCUUCAUGGGCGAGGGAGCGCUGCUUGAAAUGCCAACUGCGCGUGGUAUUGUUGAGAAUGUCAAUCGAGUGUCAAAAGCGCUGCGGUCCGCGUCGGGAACUAUCGCGUAUCUCCAGUACAAAAUUGACUCCGACGAGCCACACCAUUGGAGAUCCCACUACAACCGGAUGACGCCUGAAGCGUACGGGCGGAUGCGGGCCGCAUUCACCGAUGGCUCGGAGCAGCAUGCCCUGUGGCCCGAGCUGGAUGUCCAGCCGGAAGAUCUGAUCGUGCCGAAAACCCGGUGGAGUGCCUUCACACCAGGCACGUGCGCUCUCGACUCCCUUCUGAAGGAGAAGAACAUCGACACGCUGAUCAUCACUGGCACCACCACGAACUGCUGUUGCGAGUCGACUAUGCGGGAAGCCAUGCAGAUGGGCUACCACGUGCUCUUCGUCCAGGAUGGCAAUGCUACGCGUGGCGAUGCGGUGCACAAUGCCAGCUUGGUUAACAUGGUCCUUUUUGGCGAUGUGGUCACCGCUGAUGAGGCCAUUGCACGGAUCGAGGCGGGAAAAAUUGCUUGA